CUUUCGAUUAUUGUCGUCAACUCUUUUGCACUCAUAGCGGAUACCCUUCAUUUUAAGCAUCACUUUCGGCCAUGCAGCUCCCCGAGGAUAAUGAUACUCCUAAGAAUCAAAUGAAAGACGAUAUUGACCAAGCCCCCGACGUUGACACGGAGAAACAGAACGCGGUCCAUCCGGAUGAAGACAACAACACAGCACUGCCCUCGAUGCCUGCAUCGGCCAUCACUAUAGACCCGGCUAUCGAGCGCCGGGUUCUGAGAAAAUUGGAUCUAAGGGUUCCAACCCUUCUGGGGUUCUUGUAUCUUUUGGGGCUACUCGAUCGCUCUAACAUAGGCAAUGCAUACAUAGCUGGGAUGAAACAAGAUUUGCAUCUGAGUGGACAUCGCUAUUCUUGGCUUCUGACGAUCUUCUACAUCGCGUACACGCUGUUCGAGUUUCUAGCCUUGAUGUGGAAGAUUCUACCACCUCAUCGCUGGGCAGCGAUCACUGUGAUGAGCUGGGGCAUUGUUGCGACUUGUCAAGCUGCGGCACAGAAUUGGGGGGGAAUGAUGGCCCUCCGUUUUCUUCUUGGAGUGUCUGAAGCCGCGUUCGGACCUGGCACACCAUACCUGUUGUCUUUCUUCUAUCGCCGUCACGAACUCGGUCUACGUAUCGGGCUGUUCUUCUCUGCUGCGCCUCUGGCCAAUACAUUUGCAGGCGCCCUGGCAUAUGGAAUCACGUCUGGCCAUUCCAAGGCACCCUCUAUACUUGCUGCUUUUCUUGCCUGGUUUUACCUGCCAGAUCACCCAGCGUCUGCCCGUUUCCUGACUGAUGAAGAAAAAGAGGUUGCACGAGCAAGAGGGCUCCGGAAGAGCGGUGAGGGCGAGCGUGUAGCAGGCAUUGACUGGAAGGAUGUUGGUCGUACCCUGUUGGAUGUUAAAGCCUGGAUCACGGCGUUGAUGUACUUCAGCUGCAACGUGAGCUUUUCUUCGCUCCCUGUGUUCCUUCCCAAGAUCCUCAAAGACAUGGGCUUCACGUCGAUCAACGCCCAGGGGCUCACAGCACCGCCAUACUUCGCUUCGUUCCUUGUUACAAUUGCCACAACUUGGUUGGCCGAUCGACUGCAACAGCGAGGGCUGAUGAUUACCUUGUUGUCGCUCAUUGGGGCUAUUGGAUAUGUGCUGCUCGCCACAUGCACCUCAGUUGGGGUCCGUUAUCUUGGUGUGUUUCUGGCAGCAGUGGGAGUCUUCCCCUCUAUCGCUAAUAUACUUCCCUGGGUAUUGAAUAAUCAAGGAUCCGACACCCGACGAGGUAUGGGGAUUGUAAUUCUCAACCUGGUCGGACAAUGUGGCCCUUUUCUGGGCACCAAUAUCUUCCCCGAAAGAGACGCGCCUCGAUACGUUCGAGGGCAAUCAGUUUGCGCCGCUUUUAUGAUAUUUGUGACUGUACUAGCACUCACCUUACGGUGUCUUUUGGUUUGGGAAAACAAACGCUUGGAUCAGAAAUAUGGUACCAAGAACGAGGAAUCUGCCGAAGGAGGAUCCAAUGGAGACGAUGAUGGCGUGGCAGAGGAGAAUUAUGGGUCUAGAUUCCGCUAUGUCCUAUGAGAUAUUAUGAUGACGGCUUUCUUGAUUAGAAAUGAUAUCUGAUAUAUAAAUGCGGGAGGGGCUGUGAUAUGCAGCCAAGCUGGAUUGUUGGCACGA